UAAACGAAAUUUGAGAGUCACGUCGCGUCUAGCAAUAAAAAUGGCACAAAAACAACUCCCAAGUAAUAUGAAAGUCGUGGAAAAAGACGAUUUGGAUGAUGAGCUGACAAAAGCAGGGAGCAAGCCCGUCGUUGUUGAUUUCACUGCUUCUUGGUGUGGACCAUGUCAGCGGAUCGCUCCAGAAUUUGUCACGCUUGCUUCAACCUACCCGAAGGCUUUAUUUAUUAAAUGUGAUGUCGAUGAUAACCCGAACUCCAGUUCCAAAUAUGGCAUCACUGCCAUGCCUACUUUUGUAUUUUUCCGAAGCAAGGCAAAGAUUGAUGAGUUUUGUGGUGCAAAGCUUGAUGGGCUGAAAAGCAAACUUGAGAAGUGGCUUAACACAGACGGAGAUCAGUCGGACGACAAACUAAAAGGCGGAUAUAUGGAUCUAUAUCAGUUCAUUGAUAAGCGUUCAAUGGAAUGUUUAAACCAGAGUAACGAGCACGACUUGGAAGCUUGUCUGAGAAAAGAAGACGGUUACCUCGAAUCGGACUGUGAUGAACAGCUUAUUAUCAAUAUAGGAUUCAAUCAGAACAUUAAGUUACACUCCUUGAAGAUCAACGGACCUGAAGACGCUGUACCUAAGACCAUCAAGAUCUUCACCAAUCAAUUUAAGACGAUGGACUUUGAUUCUGCUGAGAGGAUGCAACCAAUUCAAGAAUUGGUGCUGACAAAGGAUGAAGUGGUUGACGAUGUCGCAAUCCCGCUACGCUUCGUCAAAUACCAGAAUGUUUCUUCUGUCACAUUAUUUGUGAAAGACAACCAGGGUGGAGGAGAUGUAACUCAGAUUAAUCAGCUUGCGUUUAUUGGAAUGCCUGUCAACACAACCAACAUGGGAGAAUUUAAAAGGAUCGCUGGCAAGAAAGGAGAGAGUCACUGAAAAGCCAACAAUUUCCAGACAAGGACCUUUUUAUAAACAUCAGCUUCUGUAAAAAUAACAGUUUAGUUCUUUUGUUUUUGAUAAAUUAUGAGUGUUCGAGGAACUCGACCCAACAAAUAAACUGGGCUCAAUUUCAUAGACCUGCUCGGGCAGAAAAAAAUUGAUUUAUGCUGUUAAGCGAAAAUGAGUAAUAUACA